CCGCCGCAGCUCCUUCGCCGCUGUUUUCCGCGCAGGCGCUCCUCUUCGUAUACGUUGACUGGAAGGAGACUCCGCUCGACCAUUUGAUCAAGUUUGAUGUCCCGGGAUCGGAGGAGGAGCAGCGACUCCAGGUGCGGGUCUACCCGCACCAAACUCUCGUCAUUCAUGGCGUCAAGUUGCGGCUGGUGUCAGCGGGAGAGGAGGAGGAGGGCUGGCGCGUCCUCGCCGAGGAGAGGAGCGCCGGUAGUUAUUUUGAGAAGCCUCCGCCUACCCCGCAAUUAAUGCAGAUCUGGAUCACAUGGUCAUGGAGAGGAAGGAUGGCGUUCUUUCGAUAACUGUGCCCAAGCAGCGCGUGAGCGAGAUAGAAAGAGAGAGGGGUCGAGAGCAAAUUCUUCCAUUCACCUUUUAUCUUCCCCCUCCGAGGAGAGCUCCUCCUCCGCAGCGGAAUGUAAACGUCCACCCGGACGCUUCCUUUUGCGACGGUACACCUAGCGUGAUUUCGUGUCGUCUGGUGCCACUGCUCGUCGAUUGGAAAGAAAAUCAGCACCAACAUGUGUUCAAGGUUGAUUUACCGGGCUCAGAAGAGGAGCUGGAGUUUAUCGAGGUCCCCGGAGCCUUCUGAUCCAGGGCGCACGGAAUCGGGUGGUGUGUCCACUGGAGGAGGAGGAGGAGCGUUGGCUUGUGGUUGCCGAGGAGAGACCCGCUGGCAACUUCUUCAGAAGCUUCUUGCUGCCACCCACUGCAGAACUCCGUGACGCCAUUGCUAUUCUGCGCAAUGGCGUGCUAACGGUUUGGGUGUCGAAAUCGGCAAUGCCCGUGAGGAGUAUAACAGGAUCAAUAAAUGUUUCUCUCUCACGGUGAGCGAUUUAGACACUAGUUUCGGUAGUUUUGAAUUUGAGAUUUCGUUUUCUUUUUUUGCUCAUUCUCUUGGUCGUUGAAUUGAUUCUGUGUUUGGGUUGUAAGCAUUUUUUGUUGUUGAUGUUGUGGUUUGGUACAGGGAGAUAAGGUUCAGUGAGUUCGAUUUGUUUUGGAAA